CUACGAGCUAUCAUGAAAUAAAAGCCGCCGUGGGUCGUGAAAACACACUUUUUGAAUUCCAUUUGGGGAUCACUAGUCGCAACAUCCAGCAGUGCCAUUAUCAUGGGAGGUUUCGACGCAGCGGGUUGCGCUCCCCGCGAGCUUCUCGAAGAGGAUUUCCGUGGGCGCUUGUUUGGAACCUCGUGCAUUUUGUGUUGCUUCCGGGUAUCGUCCGAUGAGGUGGCGGACUCGUCGGUCCCAUCACCGUACUACGCCCUCGUCUCCCGUCUCAGUUACUGGCCGUCGCUGUACCCAUCCCUGCACGCGCGGUUUCGUGCGUUUCUCGCACCCCGGUUCGGCAGCCAGGCCUCGCCGUUAGCGGAAGUUUGGCUCGAGUCCAGCCACAGCAGCGGCGCGGUGCUCGACUGGCGGUUGCCGGUCGGCGUAACCCGGGACAUUCUGUUCGGUACCAGCGGGACGUCGACGUGUGGUCUCUCUGCGACGCAAGGCAUCAACAGCCCGGGAGGUCAACCGCGUGAUGUUUAUUCCCGUGGUGGUACUAACUCGCUGACGGAGCUGGGUCGAAGUACGGUUUCAGCCCGUGCUGGCGACUCGGGUGUCGUGAAGACCUCCACAAAUAAAGCUGCAGCACGCGGUGGAAAUACCACGACAUUCGAAGCUACAACCUCCACCUCCCAUCCGCGCGAAUUGAAAAUGCGCCGGCAGCUUUUCUGCAGUGAAGAGAGAAAAACUGCAGACACCGCACAAGAUGAAAAGGAAACAGGAGAAGAGGCAUCAUCCGUCUUAGACUUCGUCGAAAAUUCCGCCGCAACGGGCGACACGAUCUGGGAACUUACGGUGCACUUCCGCGCUCCGAGCGAGGUAAUGCUGGCGUCGCAGGAGGUGCAGGAGUCGUUUGCCGACGUGGCGCUGACGGAUGAGAAGCGGUUCCACACCUGCUACCUGAAUGCGCUGCGCAAAGCGGUCUUUCUGUGGUACGGCAGCGCCAACGCGUUCAUGCGACUGCCGAUGAAGUCGCAGCUGGAUUUGUUAGAUACGGUCACGAACCCCGGCCUCCCCAAUUUUGCGCAGUACGCGUUUUUGCUGCAAACGCAGCUGCAGUACCCCAAGACCUGGAGAGACUGGAGGAGAAUCGCGAUCAAGUUUCAUUUCGUCGUCCGGUCACAGCAGGAGCUUUCGGCACAGGUGGAGGGUGCGGGCUCAUCUCCUCCAGGGAGGCAAACUGCAAAUAGAAACUCCUACACCGAUCCCAACGACCUUCCGCUGGCGAAAACGAGCUCCAGUUGCCCGGCGCUGCUCACUUCCUCCGAGGUGUUUUCCGAAGAUACGAACGAACCGAUUUUGCUAGGAGACGUGGUCUGCGAGAAGCUGCCUUUCCUUUGUUACGAAAGAAGAAAAGUGAUGUCGGUCGUGUCACAGUCACGCGAAGAUGAGAAAGGUGACAACGGAGACGGAACAAGUAUUUUGCAAACGGAAAGCAGAGCAGGUGUAGGAAGUAGCAACGAAGGACUUUUUUCCACAGAGGCGGCACAACACAGACACUACUUCCAGCGCAGGGCGUACAAUGCUGCUUGUCGCUUCCUGGUUCAAGGUCUUGAUGUGUCGCUCGACACGCCCCUACAUUGGUUGGCGCUCCAUUGCAGUUACCUUGACCAAUAUCUCCAUGUUGUUGUGACUUCGCAGUCGUAAAGAUGCUUUUGCUUCCCUGCUGUUGUCAAAGUGAAAUGAGGGUCUCAUGGUCUAAGCGCGACGAGAAUUUUAUACAUUGUAGGCG